AUGCAGAGUCCAGAAGACAUAGAAGAUUUGAAAAAUCAUAAAGAAAAGUUCCUCUUCAACCUGACUCAGAAUUUCAGAAAGUCUUUAAUCAUAUUCGACAUCCGCUCAAAAGAAAAAUUCGAAAUUAAGCACUUUAAAGAAAGCCUGCAUAUUCCUAUCCAGCAUCCUUUCACCUCAAAUUUUUCUUUGAGCGAUUUGCGCUUGUUAUAUCCUCAAAACAAUGCAUUACAGAAACUAAGAAGGUAUUGCAUUGUAAUAGGGAGCGAUUCAGAAAAUUCUACUAUAGCCAAAAAUCUGGAAAUUUUGCUAAAGUCACAUAAGUGCAGAGAACUUUACUUGUUUGACGAGGAAUAUGAAGAAUUUUUAAAUAGAUAUCCUUUUUUAACGGAAGGGUCAGGCGUUCCUCUAUAUCCGAUGAUAUCGUGCGGGUACCCAAAUGAAAUUAUUCCAAAGUUUUUGUAUAGCCCAGGAACCAAUAUUGAUCGGUCUGGGCUGGGGAGAAUGCCUGGGAACUCCUCCAAUUUUUUUCUCCAACUUAAGGAGACAUGCUGCAAAUAAACCCAAUAUAAGGUAUUUGCUACUCCCAAGUUAGUUAUCCAAAUCGAGGAGUUAUUAAGCAGCCAAGGUCAAUCAAUAUCGGUUCCAGAACUAUAUUUGGGUAGCCAUUUUCAUGCUGAAAAUUAUGAUGUCAUAAAGAUAUUAAACAUCACCCAUAUUAUAAACGCAACGCGAAAUGUAAAAAAUGCUUUUAAAGGCCAAGGUGUUAAGUAUUGUAGAGUUUUUGUAGAAGACAAUGCAAAAGAAAAAAUAAGCUAUCACUUUCAUAAAGCGUUCAAAUUCAUAGAAGAAGCUAAACAAAUAAAUGAAGCUGGAGGCCAAACAGCAGUUUUAGUUCACUGCGCCCAAGGAGUUUCGAGGAGUGCUACCAUUGUUGCGAUGUUUUUGAUGAAAGAGUAUGAUAUUUCAUUUGAGCAAAGCGCGGAAUACUUGAAAAAGCAAAGAUUUGUGGUAGAGCCAAACCAAGGGUUUGUGAAACAAUUAAAGCAGUUUGAAGCAAGAAAAGGGCUUUUUUCAAGAUCUAACUCUAUGGAUCUGGGAAAUUCUUACAGCCCUUAUGAGAGGAAAAGUUUAGGUUAA